AUGAACUGUGUCGUCCAACAGCUCCCGACGAACUCUUGCUAUAGCGUCAAUCCGGUCGGGAUGAUAUACGCUCCGGGAGCCGGUUCUUUACUAGGACACUCGUCGUCGCUGUCUGAUUGCGGAGAGGCGGAGUCUACUCAUAGCCGGCAUGAACGUCGUCGACACUGCAAUAUGUUUGUCAAAUAUCUGAUUGCCCCCCUUGCCAUCGCUGUAUCCGUCCUUGGAGCGCCUGUCGAGCUCGAGGCCCGCCAGUCUUGCUCUCCUCUCCAGCUCGUUCACGUUGCAGGAACUACGGAAAUUGGACUCGGCAUAGUCGGGACACCUCUUGCGUUGGCACUUGCUUCAAGCGGGGCUACUACUAAGUCCAUCACGUAUGACACUACCGCUGAAUACAUUGUCACCGUCGCUGCUGGAGCUGCUAUUACCGAGGCCUAUCUUCGCCUGCAGUCGAUUGCCUGCCCUAACCAGCGAUUCGUACUAAGCGGAUACUCUAAAGCUGUAGGGCUACUACUAAGUCCAUCACGUAUGACACUACCGCUGAAUACAUUGUCCACCGUCGCUGCUGGAGCUGCUAUUACCGAGGCCUAUCUUCGCCUGCAGUCGAUUGCCUGCCCUAACCAGCGAUUCGUACUAAGCGGAUACUCUAAAGGUGCAUUAGUUCUGCACAAACUGGAUCUCUCGAGCACGAUCAAAUCGAAAAUCGCCAGCAUUCUUGUCUUUGGUGACCCAGCUCGUAAUAUCAACAGCCCUUGGCCGAUCAACAACCCUUCGGUGGACUUGUCGCCCAAGGAUGGGAGCUCGAGUUCUCAAAAUAUCGCGAGCUUUUGCAAUACCGGCGACUUGUUCUGCGCUAUUCCUGGAUAUAGUCUACCGGCUCAUUUUGGGCGUACCCCACCGACGGAAGCAUCGGUGUUGCCGCAGCAUUUGCCAAGGCUAGGCCGUGAAGUAGCCACUUUAGGGUUCGGGCUGAAAUUGAAGAGUACCAUUUAA